CUCAUCAAUCACACACCCACACUAAAAUCAUUCCACUAUUUCACAUUCUUCUCUCAUCACAGCAUAAAAUCACAUUUUUAAUUAAGGCCAACAUAUCCUUCUCUUCCCCAAUAAAAAUAUCAGAAUACCUAAGCAUUAACAAUCAGAGAGAGAAUGAACAGGUUUGAUGAGGAAAGCUUGAAGCAUUACAAAGUAAGCAACAUGGAUCCAUCAAACCCUAGAACGAUGCGCCCCGCCUUCUCCGAUGACGACCUGGUAGCUGCCCUAGUCCCGCCGGUGACGGUGGUUCUUGAGGGUAGAUCCAUCUGCCAGCGCAUCAGCCUUCACAAACACAGCAGCUACCACAGCCUCGCCCGAGCCCUCCGCCAAAUGUUCGUCGAUAUACCCGAUUCCUCGAACGAAACCAAUCUCGAUCUCGAUCUCGAUCUCUCAAACGCCAUUCCCGGCUACCUCAUUGCCUAUGAAGACAUCGAAAACGAUCUCCUUUUAGUUGGUGACCUUAAUUGGAAGGAUUUUGUGAGAGUGGCAAAGAGAAUCAGGAUUCUUCCGGUAAAGGCUAAGUCCAGAAAGCAUAAUAAGGAGUGAUUUAUUCGUUCUAGUUAAUUAGGGAAUUUAAUGGCUGCAAUAUUUGAGGUCUGAUGUUAUGUUAUUUUCAGAUCUUUUUAAUUAUAAUUUUGUAUUUUGUUCUAUCUCUUAUUUCUUUUUAUGUAUGUUCGUCUAGAUUUCUCAAGAUUAUAUAAUAUUCUCUCGA